UUUGUUUGUCAUUGGUAAACCGCCAUGGUGAUCAAAUAGUAUUUUCCCCGUCGUAAAACAAACUGUGUGGACUUUAAUAGCUCAGUCAGUCAGUGGCUUCUGGCUGAUGACCUGGAACUAGAACUUGUAACGCUAGUAACGCCACCUGUUGACAAGGACAAGAAUCACAAGUGCAUUACUGUGCGUUAUCGCAUUGCAGGUCUUUGGUGGCAAAAUUGUAACUAACUUACCUACAAAUCCGACCGCACAGCCUCCGUCGACCGGACAAAAUGAAUGAAGUUCCUUGACAUAUUCAAUAUGAUAUUGCCCCAUACUCAAUUUGCAACACUGAUUUGUAGCAUUCAGCAGCAUUCAAAAGUUCGUCUGCUUCCCGCUAGAUCGCAUAUACACGUAACCAUCAUCAUGAAACCGAUUUUUUAUAGUUAAAAUCACAUUAUUUUCUUACAAUAUAAAAUAUCUAGACAUAAAACAAUUCACCAUUAAUUUAUUAACAUUCUUUAUGUUGAAAAAGAUUAUUACUUUGCACUAUUACGGAAAUGUUUUAAUAUGUUCUGCUGCUGUCGUGCAAUAUUUUGACCAUGUGAUCAAUGACAAGGGAAGGUGACAAAGAUGGUGAAACCGCAGCCGAUGUAGGUCAAUCUGAAGUUCUGGAGGUAAAUACAACGUGAAUAGAAAUCGAAGGAUGUCUGCUGUCAGCAAGAGUGUGAUGGACUCUCCCCUGGUCUCGACGGUGAUGAUCGGAGCUGCAGGGGCGGCGACAGGGAUCAUUGUCGCUCGCAGCUUCCCCGGCACCUUCGCGACGUUACCGCCCCUCUGGAGUAUUUCCCCUCCCGGCAAUGGCGCUGUGUGUGGGUUUGUGGUGGGCUGUGUCGGCUGGAAUCUCCGGACAUGGUGCAGGUUCCUGUCCCUGAAGGUUCUCCUGGGGUACAGGGGAUGGAUGUACUCACCACGAAGUAGAAUCACCAAGGUGUGGCUUUACCUGAUUGAUAAGGUGAUGGGGAAAGGACCAUACUCACUGUUCGAGUUUCAGAGUGUGAUACCAUCACUGCCAGUGCCGGAUCUUGAGACAACCUGCACGAAGUACCUUGAUGUAGCCAGACCGUUGCUCUCACCAGAAGAGUAUGACAGGACUGAGGAAGCCCUGCGACUUCUGCAGAAGGAGGGAAAACCUCUACAGAAAUAUCUCAUCAGAAGAUGCUCAGGAAUCAGUGACCGUUGUCAUGUUGCCCUGGGGUGA